AGAAAAAAGACAUGGAAAGACGAAGACGAAGAAAAGGACGAAAGGCAAGGAUGCGGAUGAGCAGCGUCAACUCUGGUGGAUGGAUCAGGAACACACACUAUCGAAACCAGCGUCCUCGGAACAAAGUGGAGAGAUCAACGAGACCAGCGAGCAAGCAAUUCAAAUCUGCCUGGCUGGGCUGGCUGUCUCGCAUUCCGCUUGCCGUCGAUUCUAGAAGUGAUACGCUAUAUCACCCGCCGAUUAUUGCCAUGGGCGGUCUUGGAGAACCCCCGGACACCGAUUGGAAGAAUGCCAGAACCUCUCAAUCUUAG